AAUUGUCAAUGUCAUCUAUAUUCGGACUUCGGUGUUUUGGUCCUAAUUUUUCUAAAAAUCAAAAAUUGUAUAUUUUAUCGUGAAUAAAUUUAUUCCAGUUUGAAAAGUGAUAAAUAAACGUUAAAAUGAAAUUAUCGAAGGUUUUGUACCGACAACAUAUAGGGUUUAUGUUUAAAAAACAUUGGUUGAUCCAAGGAAAACGCGUGCCGAUUGAUACGGGGUUGGAAGAAAGUCUAAAAGCAAAAGGUAUACCAGUUGAAGAUGCUCUGGAGUUCGUGAAAGAGAAACAAGAACCCAGGGAGAGGUUUGAAAUCAUAGGACCACAUGAACAUAUCAAGCCACUUGAUGAAAAUCAUCCAGACUAUAAACAAAGGCCAUGUUUAACUCUUAAACAUACCAGCGUUCUGCUAGAAGGAAUAUCACAAGCUCAAGUAUUAACUAAAACAAUCAUAGCAGAAGAUAAGCUUCCUCACAGGAUUGAAGAGCUGGCUGAGGUAUCAGCUCCUAAAGCUAUUCAUGAGGGAGUAAAGAAGGCAAUUUUAAGUGCAAAUGUAUUUGAUUGUGAGCAAAAGAAGUUGCCCAAAAUUAAAGAGUCAGAAAGACCAGCUUUUAACUUUCCGAGAAUAUUAGGCAUCUCUGACAGAAGGAGAAACGAAAUUCUCACUAACAAGCUACUCCAACUUGUAGAAAAAAGCAAUGAUGUGGAAGUUACUCAAAACAAAUAUGUGGUAAACGAAGUUGAGUGUCACAGUGUCUUUGACAAGGAAGGUGACUUAAUACAAUUUCAAGAUGUCUCUGGAAUUCUUGUUACAAGCAAUAAGCCACUGAAGCAUGAGCUGAGUGAAUCUGAUAUACCAUUCAUUGAAAUACCUGACUUGUAUCCUGUUAAACAUACUGUUACCUUGCCACCUGAACACUUUUAUGAUGAAAAUAGCAAAUAUCCCCUGCGUCCAAGCGUGUCUAAAAAGCAUCCUCACACCACCUGGCUCCAUUUCAACAGAACCGAAGUGGGCAACCUGUAUGAGACGCCAGUCACCCCCACUCAAAUUUUGGGGCGCUCAUUGACGCAUGCAUUCACUGUAGCAUCGGCAUAUGCAAAACAACUACAUGGGGAGGAUGUAAAGGACCUACCUGAGCCAAUACACAUAAAUUGCAUUCAAACCGAUGGACAACGCUUCCAUUUUGGUGUGUUUGAACUAAAUACCCUGAACGUAGAUGGUACAGACGGAACAAAAAAUGUUUGGUAUUGCAAAAACGAUGUUAAACUGUACGAUUCGAGCCGUUAUUUAAGUGGUAUGCCUGUAUUAGAAAAUUACAACCCUAAUGUGUAUGGUUAUAUCAACGCUUUUUACAACUGUUAAGAAAACUUGUAUAAACUUAUUAUAUUACAGUUAAAUAAAUAGAUUAUAGCAAAAC